AUGGCCUCUGCUGAGGAGGACAGACCCAGCUAUGAGGUGUACAAGGAAACAGCAGAUUGGUUACGUGCCAGGACCAGCCAGCACCCCAGGGUGGCCAUCAUCUGUGGCUCUGGGCUGGGGGGCUUGGCUGAUGUGUUGGACAACAAGACAGUCUUCCCAUAUGAGGACAUCCCUCACUUCCCACGGAGCACAGUGGCAGGGCACGCGGGGAGGCUGGUGUUUGGGGAGCUGGGGGGCCAGCCCUGUGUCUGCAUGCAGGGCCGCUGCCACGAAUGGGAUCCCAUCUAUGCCUUUGGGUUCUUGCAGGUCACCUUUCCCAUCAGGGUCUUCUUCCUCCUGGGGGUGGAGAUCCUGAUUGUCACAAAUGCUGCUGGGGGGCUGAACCCCCACUUCCAAGUGGGGGACAUCAUGUUCCUUAGAGACCACAUCAGCCUGUUUGGCUUGGGAGGGCAGAACCCGCUGCGUGGACCCAACGAGGAGAGGUUCGGGGUGAGGUUCCCCUGCAUGUCGGACGCCUACGAGCGGGAGCUGCGCGGGUUGGCCAUGGAGGCCACGAGGGAGCUGGGCUUCCUGAGCUUCACCAGAGAAGGUGUCUACUGCCUGCUGCCUGGUCCCAGCUACGAGACCAUCGCCGAGAGCCGCCUGCUGCAGGCCCUGGGAGCUGAUGCUGUGGGCAUGAGCACUGUUCCAGAAGUCAUAGUAGCCAGGCACUGUGGCCUCAGAGUCCUGGGGAUCUCCCUCAUCACCAACAAAGUGGUCACAAGCUACAGCAGCCAGGAGAAGGCCAACCAUGAGGAGGUGCUGCACGUCUCGGCGGGGCGGGCUGAAGCCCUGCAGAAGCUGGUCACUCACCUCCUUGGCAAGCUGGGGGAAAGCCCAAAGCCUCUGUGA